AUGCUUAUGGAAAACUACGUGUUAUCUCCUUACACAAGGCACCGCCUAUUGAUUAUCUCAAGAUGGUUUAUUCCACCGCCUCAAAUCCACGGCUUUAAGCUUCUUCUUGAAUCUUCUUCACCCCAGAACCAGAAAACCAUCCUAUCCACUGCCAUUGCUUCAUCUAUCCGUUCUUAUACGCCUUCUCCCCUGAAUCAGAUGGUCCUGACCACCGAAGAGAGCAACGGCGGUGUCCAGUCGGAAAUUUUGCCUCUAAUCUUAACCUUCACUCAAAGUAGAAGGGAAAUGAAAGAGGGAAAAGAGGGUUUUUGGUUGAAGGAAAUCUGGAGUGUAUCCCUCCGGUUCAUCUCCAUCUUCUCCAAAUCGUCGAUUAGGGUUUCUCUCCAUGGUAACAGGAAGUCUUCAUCAAGAAGCGACCGUCACCACCACCGUUGCCGCCUCUACCUCAUGUAUCCUAACCUAUUUGUCACUCACAUCCGACAACACCUUCUGAUUCUUCACAGUCAACGCUUCCACUACCUUGCUCCAAAGCGAGGUUCUCUUGCAUAUGUUGCUCUGAUCGCUCGUCUGUACAUUCCGCUUUGA